CGUCCUGAAAAAAAAGCCAAAGAACUUGUAUAGAUCUUGUAGCGAAGACAGCUUAAGGCAAACAGGAACGUGGUGGAAGUUAUAGUGUGCUUGCUGUAGAACUGAGAAAGCGGGAACCAGUAGGCUUGUGUCAUCCCUUCGUAAGAUCUUGUUCCGUUCGGUUACUACUGUAGUUUAAACAGUUUGUUUUGUGGCCUUGAAAAUCAACCCAGCCCCCCCGAAGACUCGUAACUCAGGCGUGUCUCUUUAAAGCUCCUUAAAGGCAACCGAGAACAUGCCAUCAGGUAUAGGCACCUCGUACAGAUCACUUGCUGAUGAUGUUUACAAGAGCACCACCAUAGAAGAGAACAAGUUUAGUGUCAUUGAAACAGUGAAGAAAGCAUUUAGCUUCGCCGGGCCCCAAACGAGGCGCUCCGACGCUCUUAUUUUGAGAGCUCAUGAUGAGCCCCGUGUGGAGGUGGUACCCGGCAUGGCCAUCAGGGACAGAAAAAUGCCAGCUUCAGCGUCUGCCGAGGAGACUGCACUACUGGGCACAAUGCCCUCUGACUGUAUGGACGACAUUGACCUGAAGAACAUCCAACUCCAGUUCCCGAACACGAGGACGUUGUCUAAGGAUGAUUCUAGUAUCGUUGAGGAGCGCGUUGAGACGGGAAGAGGAAGCGUUCUAGUAGCGGUACAGGGCAACAGAUCGAAGCCAGCCAUUCUCACCUACCAUGACCUCGGCCUGAACUAUAUCUCCAAUUUCCAGGCGUUUUUCAACUACAUCGACAUGCGGGCGUUGCUUGACAACUUCUGUGUCUACCAUGUUACUGCACCAGGACAGGAAGAAGGCUCCCCUACACUGCCUGACGACCAUGUGUAUCCCACAAUGGAUGAACUGGCAGAGCAGAUCAACUUUGUCAUGUCACACUUCCUCCUCAAGAGCAUAAUUGGUUUUGGUGUGGGCGCUGGUGGCAACGUGCUGGCGAGAUUUGCUCUGGUACAUCCUGAGAAGGUAGAAGCUCUUUGCCUCGUCAAUUGUGUUUCAACUCAGGCUGGAUGGAUCGAAUGGGGCUACCAAAAGCUUAAUGCAAGACACCUCAGAACCAAAGGCAUGACCCAGGCAGUGCUGGACUACCUCAUGUGGCAUCAUUUUGGUCGGGGCACAGAGGAGAGGAACCAUGAUCUGGUUCAGGUGUACAAGGCAUACUUUGAACGUCAUGUGAAUCCCACCAACCUCGCACUCUUCAUCGACAGCUAUAUCAGACGAACAGAUCUGAAUAUUGUUCGUGAACUGGAGCCUUCAAGACGCAAGAAUUCUCAUACACUCAGUAUGCCUGUCAUGAACAUCACAGGGGCCCUCAGUCCACAUGUAGAUGAUACUGUCACCCUUAAUGGACGCCUUGACCCAACCAAUUCCACGUGGAUGAAGAUUCAGGAUUGUGGUAUGGUUUUGGAGGAACAACCAGGAAAAGUCAGUGAGGCGUUCCGCCUGUUCCUUCAAGGACAGGGUUAUGCUGUGAAACUUUCGCGGAAACGGUCAACAUCUACAUCGGCAGAAGUUGCGCCGUUGACUGAGAACAAAAUGGCAAUUUUCCGCCAGACUUCUUUGGAUGGCCUAAACUUGAUUAGCAAACAUCAAACUCGCAUAUCGUCUCCCCCCUAUUGGUCCACCUCUGCCAUCAACAUUACUGAAAAUCCCAUAUCUGAGGCUGUCGUGUGUUAAGAUCCCCCUACCUGCCUUUGUAGAGGUCAUUAUCUGGAACAUGCCAUUGCAUAUCUAGGCCAAUGGCACGCAGUGUGGCACUGCUGUGGAUGUUUAAAGUGCACAUUGGAUAAGAACAAUAUCAGUAGCUAACAUAUUAGAUGAACUAGUUUAUAUUAAAUCUGGUUCACAUUAGCUCAAAUCCUUGUGACUCUGUAACAUGCAAAAUAAUUCACUAAUGAAUAUGUGCACAUGUUAAAUUUCAUGAUGCUGCCAGUAUCUAGAUCAUUAGUGCACGUUAAAGAACUGGUAGCCUGUCUCAAAUAUUAUGUCACCAUCAUGACUGUACAUUGCAUAUUUGUACUCCACAGCUAACAUUUAAUGUAGCCUACAUCUGAGUUACAGCAACUCAUGAAGUAACAUAUACAAAAAGAGCAUUCAUCAGUUUCUGCACAUUUGAUUUUGUUUAAAAAACUCUAAUAAUAUAUGGAUGACAUAAUGACAGAAGAGUGUACGAGUAUUCCUCAGUUAAAACACACGGCAGUCUGUUUUUAACUAAUUAACCCUCCAGUCAUUCUCCAGGCAACGGUUCAUAAAUAAUGUUGUGACAACAGAAAUGACCCUCUUAGUGUUUCCACAGUAGAGUAUAUUAUCUGAGCCUGCUCUCAUCCUAAUUAUGUUUUCUUUCUUCCUCUGUCUGCAAAAGAAUACUUACACUUCUAUUUGUUCUUUGUAUAUAGUAUGUUGGCCAGUAGUAGUGGCUCAUAGUAACAAGCUUUCUUUGUGUACAGCAUUUUAAAUAUGCAUCAAGUCAAAUCCCAAACUUUUAGUGACAUUAAGAUUUGUGAAUUGCUGAUGAACCUUUUCGAAACUGAACGUAUGUAUACUAAAGAGGGUUUGAGGAGAACUAGUGUUGAAGUUUUGUUGCUGUGGUUGUAUAAGCAAUAACCAUCUUGAAUUGGCACUGUUCUGCAGUUACAUAUCUUACUGAAAUAUAAACUCUCAUUUUACGAGAUUAUAGUGCCACCAUGAAAACUAGAUUGAUGUGGAACAGUAUAAUGAUACCUGCUUGCAGGGGUGUGUUGCAUAUGUUUUUGUCAAACCACUCAUAGAUUGUGGUGGUCUGGGUUAUGACACUGUAGUCUUGUAGAUGGUUUGUAAUUUUGUAGGCAGUAACACAUUCAAGACUACGUGGUAUCACAACCCAGAAGAUGACAACAUAAAUUUUCACUGCUGCGAAAAACCUCAAAUCUGAAGCCAGUCACAGUAUCCUUACAAAAUUCUUAAGGUAGCAUUAGAAUUGUUACUGCUUUGUUUAAGUUGUCCACGUAUAAUGACAGUUAAUAUCUUUCUGUUGGGUACAUUAUCCACCAGUAAUAUUUCAGACAAAUGUGCUAACAUUACAGAAAAUGAAACGUUUUGAAAACUCGUGGUACUUUUCAGAUUGUUUCACAGCCUUUAAUUGCCUUAUAUUUCAGUUUAUAUCUUCACUUUGAUGGUAGAUUAAUAUUUAAAAAAUUUCAAGUAAAAUAUGCUUAGUUUCCAAAUGGAAUUGCUGAUAAUAUUUCCAAGUUAGUUUAUUUAUAAUAAACAUUAUCUAUAUAAACAUGUUGAUGUAACAUACCCCAGGCUCAAAUACCCUCACCUCUGAAUGGCUGACCUGAUAUUAAAGAACCUCACAGAACCCUAGUUUAGUCUGUUAGCAGUUUGGAGCAACAAGCAUUAGUAACAAGGCAGGAUAUUUUGAACAUUAAACCAGUGCUGUUUUAAUCACAGACUAUGCAUUAAUUUUUGUUAUCAGACAUCGUUUAAUGAGACACAUGUGCAGAAAGAAGCUUCCUUGGCAGAUGGUUAGUAAUGUAGUUUAACUACUGAGUCAUUUUCAAAAUCUACAUCUAAAACUCAUAAAUGGUAUAAGAAGGGUUGCCACCUCAAAUUUUUUAGAUUUCCCUCAAGGUUUAUGUAGUUGAGGAAUUUUAUAUGCUGACAACACACACACAACCAAGAAUGUCCUCUUAACUUUACUUGCCACCAAGUUCAUUUAUUGUAACAAAAAUGUGAAUAUAACCUCUAUUACACACAUACAAAAGCUGUUAUAGAUUUCUCUUAUUAUUCAGAAACAGUAGUUAAAAGCAAUUGUCUUGGUUUACAGCUUCUUUAAUGUAUGCUUGUUAUAGUGCAUUGCAAUCUCCAUUAACAGGAUUUUUAAAAUCAACAAAAUUUAAGAGGCACAAUAAUACAGAGAUUUCUCAAUUUUAAGCAAAUGUGACUGGAGUCAAAAUUCAAUUUCUGGAGACUUCGGUGUAAAACCAGGGAGGUGACAGCCCUAUGUAGAUCUGCCUUUGAUUGCUGAUCAUUCUGCAUUCUUAAAAUUUGGACCACAGAAGUAAUAAUUUCUAGUCAGACAUUGUGUGCAUCAUAAAAUAUUGAUGUUGCAGUCUAUGGCAGUAGAACUGAAGAAGCCUUAUUAUAUUAAUUGUUAUAUAUAAUUAUAACAGUUGCAUUGGAAAUUAGCCUGGUGCUUUGAGCUGGUGUGAAAGUAGUUUUUGAAGGUGGAAGAAUCAUUUGUGCUGAAAAACUAAAGGAUUUGUACGAUGAAUUUGUAAGAUGAAUUUAGCAGUAUAAUUAUUAAAUAAUGUAUAUAUUCUAUACAGUAUUUUGUUUUAUAGAAUUCUGUUAUACAGAUAUACCAUAGAGUGCAGAUAAUAUAUUUAGAAUCUGUCCCUUAGAUUUUAUGUUAGGUUAUCUUGUUGCAGUCACAAAAGGCAAAUGCUAACUUUUAUUGUAAUACUUUUAUCUUAAUGUCAGUUUAUUUAACAUUUUACAUUUUGACUGUAUGUAUGUAUGAUCAAAAUAUUCUCAUAGGCCUAAUUUUGGUUCCUGUAUUAUUGCAGAGAAUGUAAAAAAUUUGUACAUGGAAAAUAAAUUAUUUCUUUGAACAGGUAA